AUGGCAGAUAAUGAGAUAUCGGCGCUGCAAGAAAAGCUAGCCAAAAUAUGUGAAGAAACAGAUGAUCUUAAUAGUCGAUAUCUCGCCCUUGAGCAAAUGAAUGAAGAAGUAAAAAAUAUUAAUAUUGAAAUCGAAGAUUUGAACAAAAAGCGAGAAGAUUCACAAAAUAUCUUUCGAAAUCAACUAGAUGAUUUAAAUAAUGAAAUCGAAUCUGCAAAAAAUGAAUUAAAUUCUCUAAUUACUUCACAAAAUGAUCGCACUAAUGAGUUAGAGAAGCAAAUUCAAGAAAUUUCCAAUCUCAAUACCCAAAAAGAACGUAAAUUGAGUCAAAUUACUCAAAACAAAUCAAAUGCGUCACAAAAUCAGUCAAAUGUUCUCAAAUAUAAAGCAUUGCAGGCAGAGCCAUCCAAAUUCAAUGAAAUUUUAACUUUUGAAGAGAGGAAUGGGGAUAUUUCUUUAUACUUUCAACAGAUUGAAACACAAAUUUCAGAAUUACUCAAGAAGAAAGCAUCUUUAUCAGAUUCUAUUCCAUCUAAAGAAAAGAGGAUCCGUACUAAUACUAAAUUUUCGAAUCAUCUAACAGAAAAAUGCGAAAAACUGGAAAAUCAAUAUCAACUCUCUAUUUCCAAGCUAGCAGAAACAAAGCAGAACAUUGAAUCUUUAAACAUCCUUAUUGCAGAUCAGCAGAAACAAGUUGAAUCUGCCAAACUCCAAAAAACAAAUUUACAAACAAAAUAUUCCGAAACAAAAUCUCUUUUCAAAUCCGAAUACAGUUCAACUCUUUCCAGUAUAGACUCGAAAACCUCAGAUAUCUGCCUCCUGAAAGAAAGAUUCGAAAAGAUCGAAUCAGAUCUCAACUCACGCGAAUCAGAGCUUCGUGACGAGCUCUCCAGGGUCGAAGCUGAGAACGACGAGCUGUCCAGAGAGAUCGGCAGUCUCGAGCAGGGCGACAAAGCCGAGGAUGUCGCAGAGGACAUGCAGAGCUCGAUAGAGAAAAUCAAAAGCAACAUGGAGCCCCUGACAGUGCGCAUCGAGAAGUACAGGAAGGACAUCGACUCGAUACAGACUGACCUCAGGACCCUUGACGAAGCAAUAGACUUCCAGAUCCUGAAGAAGAAGCCGUCAAAGAAGUUUUUGUCGAAACCGAAAUUCGCGAUGAAGAAAAUUCUUCUGGAGGAACUUAUUGUCCAGAACUUCAAGAUCAGCUGCGAAAUAGCUAUAUACAUGGACAAGCUCGGACAGGCUGAACAGUACAUCAAAAAUCACCCGGAACUGUUCAAAAAAGAUGAAAAUGAUGGUGAAAGAGUUUCAGAUGAAGUUAAGAAGGAAAAAUUGUAG